GCGGCCAACUUACUAAGUGAGCGCUCCUUCAUGGUCAUCAUAGCAGGUGAAACGUAUCAGUGUGGGCAUGUUUCCACUCACUGAACACCUUGAGUUGUGUAAAAUCAGAGUUCAUGCCAGUGAGAUCUGAAGCUUGACAGUUCCUGCUCUUCAACAGCUGUGAAUGAAUAUCCAAUUGGACUGAACCAUAGAGCAAUGUAGUCCUUCACUGCCAGAACAGUCACAUUCAAAGAAGGAUUUGCCUACCAGCCUCCAGCAAUGAUGCUGGUACGCUGGUAGUUUGUUAUCUCGUUAACCUCGUUUGCUGAGGAUGGGAAGUGGUUCGAGUAGCUCCAAGUCGAACACGCCAUCUCCAGCAUCAUCGAAGACAUCAUCAGCCAGAAUGCCCGAGCCGUCGAGCCGCGGCACCAGCCGGGGCCGACGGCAGUUUGAGGAGGUCCAAUUUGAGGACCCCAACGCGGCCCGCCACCCAGCUCAGGGACAGUCGUCAAAUGGCUACGCAGGUGGUCUGGCCCCACAGGCUAACUACGGGAGCACCCAUGGUGGAGGGGGAUUCCCCCCUCAAGCCAUGUACGGGGGUGGAAAUUAUGGCGCCUAUGGAGGUUACAGCGGACUUCCACAGGACCAGUGGCAGCAUGCGGGACAUGUGGUCAAUACCCAGCAGCGAGUAGCUAACACCUUGCAGUCCCACUACCAACAGGCCCAGGCACCUCCUCAGCUCACCCCUCAGCCAAACCAGGAUCCAGAUGAGUUCCUAUCCAUGGCACUCCAGAUGCAAGAACUGGGAGAGGAUGACAUUGUGUUUGAGACAUUCCACCAUAAUAACGGCCGAUCGUAUACCUGCAUCAAGCAGUCCGGAAAACGUCACUAUCUAGACAACUGGGACACACAGGAAUGGCAAACCUUUCCUAGCGCCUGGGUUGGCCAGGGCCACUUCACAGUGGAUGGGGAACCCAUUCAGGACCAUAGCCCAGCGACCUCGAGCAGAAACAGCAACAACUAUGCUCCUCCAACAACCUCCAGAAUCCAUGAUGUCAACGACAUUGAUGUUUCCCCAGGGUUGGGAGGUGGUAACAGUGACGACAGGGCCGGUACCCUCAGGCAUCCAACGAGGGGACGGCUGCUGACCUAUAUAUUUGAGGAGAAGCGUAAUAUCCACUGUUACUUUGACGAGGAUUCAGGCAUGUGGGUGAAGAUGCCAGUGUCGUGGGAACAACACAGUGACUUCAUUAAGCCGCUCAUUAGACAAACACAGGAAGCCGUGCCCAUGUGGAAAGAUAAGUAUGACAUCAUCGCUGCCCUGCGACAGAGCAACUACGACCCGGACGAUGCCAUAUCAACAUACUUUGCCAUCGGGGACACUGGGGUGAUGGACAGGCCUGAGCGACUGACCGGCGUCAAUGCCAAGCUUCUUAAAGAGAAGGACGAGAAGAUAUCGGUGCUGCAGGACAAGUAUACCAAAUUGCAAAAAUCUCACAAGGAUAUCUGGCACCACAAUAAAAAGCUGCAAUCGGAGGUGGACAAAAUGAAAGCUGAGCUAGAACAGCUUCGUGAACAGUGCUCUACGCUGGAGGUUGAGGCUAAGACAGCCAGCCUGAGACUGGCAGCCAUGCAGCAGGAGAGACCACGGACAGGCAGGCCGGUCACAGCCAGACGCAGGGCUCCAACCCCGGACAUUGAAACAGCAGAACCAGAUACAGAUCCCGAUUCCACCUUCGAUGAUUCCCCUAAGCAUGCCGUGUCUCCCCCGCAGCCGGCAAUAGUGGUAGAGCCCCAGGGUCCUACCAUUGACACAGACCUUCUGAUCAGUGUGAAUAAAGCAGCCAAGGAACUGGACAAGUCCAAGCUGACUCUGAAGAAGGUGGUAACACAGGGCUUCGAGGAUUUGAAGGACCUGGUCAAAGCAGCCGUGGCAGGCCUGUCCAAGAUGAAGAACAUGGACUCCAGCACAUCCCAGGAGCUGGAAGACCUGAAGGUGCUCUACAAGAAAGAGUGUCUGCAGAGAAAGCUGCUCUACAACCAGCUACAAGAGCUCCGUGGGAACAUCCGAGUGUUCUGCCGGGUGCGUUACGACUCUCGUACUGAAUGUUGCCUGGGGUUUCCCGACGAUCAGGAAAUCUGCGCAACCAACCCAGCCGGCAAGAAGAUGACCUACACCUUUGAUAAAGUCUUCACCCCAGCCUCCAAACAAACAGAGGUCUUUGACUUAUCCCUGCCCAUCAUCACCUCUUGCGUGGACGGCUACAACAUUUGCAUCAUGGCCUACGGCCAGACGGGCUCGGGCAAGACCUACACCAUGAUGGGGACGAAGGAUGACCCAGGGGUCAAUGUGCGUUCCAUCCGGGAACUCCUGAGGGUCUGCACGGAGAGAGAGCAGGUGUCCUACACACUGAAGGUGUCUAUGCUGGAGGUGUACAACGAGGCCUUGCAGGACCUCCUGUGUGAGAACAGCGACAAGAAGAAGCUGGACAUCAAGAUGCAGGGCAAGCGGCUGUUGGUCCAGGACCUGACGGAGAUCGAGGUGUGCGAGGAAAGUGACAUCACGCGGAUCAUGGAGAUGGGUGAUGCCAACCGUUCAGUGGCCGCAACCAAGAUGAAUUCCACUAGCUCUCGGUCCCACCUGCUUCUGAUCCUGAAUGUGGAGGGUGUGGACAAGGUCUCUAAGGCGACCAGCUAUGGCUCCCUCAUGCUGGUCGACCUGGCUGGGUCGGAGCGCAUUGCCAAGACUGGGGCCACAGGACAGACUCUGGUGGAAGCGGCGGCGAUCAACAAAUCUCUCACCUCACUCGGCCAGGUCUUCCACGGACUACGAACAAGUGCUCUGCACGUCCCCUAUCGAAACUCUAAACUGACCCACCUCCUGCAGCAAGCAUUGGGCGGAGAUGCCAAGGCAUGUCUUUUUGUCAAUGUGAGCCCUGACGUCAGCAACAUCAGUGAGACACUGAGCACGCUCCAGUUUGGUGCCAACGCUAAGCAAGUGUCACUUGGACAAGCCACAAGGAAUGUCUCCAAAGGCGGACCAAAGAAAUAAAUGGUGAGAGUCUCAGGAUUCGUCAUCCUUCGUCAGUGAGGCUUGCCUGAAGAAAAUUGACAGACACGCCGUCUUGAUAACCGCACUCAGUGAGUGUUUCCACCGGACUUUAUAGGGUAUAAAGAGUCUCAGUUCAAGGUUAGAAGUUUUGGGAACUUCAAAAUCCUGGGAAAUUGUCAGAUCAGAGGAUGUGAUCUUACCCCACGAAUGAUAACGUUUCAGACAUUGGUAUGGUUCACUUGGGGAAAUUUUUACAGAAACUUUUAAAGCCUUUUUGGUUAUUGGGAAGGAUGUGUACUUCCCCUCGCUGGGAUUGCUUUGAGAACAAAUAGAGGAUAAACAUUAAGCACUCUUUUUCGUCCAGAAUCCCAGCAUCCAAAACUACUUUGAUUGCAAGAUAAGGGAAAACAUUAAAAUCUUGAAAUGACCCCAUGUGAACUUCUUAAAAUGUUGAAUUGACUUUAAAAAAGAUCUGUUUUACUGUUCCCAACGGGCACAGGAUGUCUUUUAAAAAGCUAAAAAACACAGCUGUGGUAUCUAAAGAGGUAUUCCUAGAUCUACAGUUUUUCUGUUAAUUGUGAAAUUAUAUGAAUUAGCUGUUGAAAUAUGACAUAUUUAUGCUGAAGUCGUCCCAGUGUAGUAAAGGGCGUACUGAACUAAAUACCAAUAUAUUUUUGCAAGUUGGCAGGAAUGCCUACACUCUCUAUAAGUUACCCUGGAGUUGUGUCUGACUGAAUCAUGUGUUAACAAAUCAUAGCUGUGAACUUUCCAGGCAAUGUGGUGAACUGUUGUCCAUUAUUGCAUGAUUCUGAAUACACAGUGCCAUUGAACCAUUCACAAAUUGGCACGAAAGGCACACAAACAUCAUUUGAAGCUCAAGUUCUUGGAGCUACCUAGCAGUGAGUACCACCUAGCAAAUGUUAACAUGCUGGGCAAAUACCAGCUGAGUCAGUCCCAGACUAUGCACAUUACAUGACACGUUGGGCUGGUAACAUGCAGUGUUGUAGUCAAAACCUCUUAAAUUAUGUCACAAGACCAUCAUAUAACAGUAUUCCUCUUAACUCUGAGCACUUUUAUUUACACGAAUUAUAAAUAUUUGGCACAAGUAACUACAUUCCUUUGAGAAUGUUUUCAAAGUAACUUAAAGCAGUCUAAGAAUUAUCACUGUGUCACUUAAAAGCCAUAUUUGUUUAAUAAAAAGAAACACUUCAAAAAUCAAAGCAAAUAUUUGUAUGAAUACUUCAAAUACAGUUUUUUCUAAAACGGGUUCAGCCAUAUUUGAUAAGGAGCCAUUUUAAAUUGACAGUAGUCCGAAUCUACCUGGAAAACCUUUACACUUCACCAUCAACCUCCAUUCAAACCAGUGCCCCUUUGGCUAGUCACCAUUUCCUGCCCUACCACAAAGACAUUUUAGUCUUUUUCUGGGUAAAUAAUAAGAAAAAGUUAUAUGCUUUCCUAGAAACAAUCGUAAAAGUAUUUUUUAAGGCCAAAGAUAUGUUUUGAAGGUGUGUGCGUGCCAAAAGCUGUAACAUAAGAGUUCCUUAUAUUAGAAAUGCAUGUCUAUAUAUAAAUAUAUUUAUGUGUGCCAGUCAUGCAGUGCUAUUUUAGUGUCUAUGGAUAGAUUUAUGCAAGUGUUUUCACCUUGAUUUGUAACAGUAUUUUUGUACAUCAAAGAUUAAACUAUGCACUUGGCACCUAAGUGAUAUUGGAAAAAAAUAUAUAUAUCUAAGAAUGCAUAUUUUUGUAUUCAUGCAGAUUUGUAAUACCCAGUUCAACUGGUAAACAUGCGUAUUGAUUGAAUGUAUAAAAGUCAGGGAAAAUGACUUCUGCAGUUUAUGUGGUGUGACAGUUUCCAUAGUGAAAUGAUCAGUGCUCAUUCCGAAAUGUACACAUUUAUGAUUGCCAUAUGUAGGAAGCAAACAUUAAUAAGAAAGUGACACAAAAAUAAUCUUUAAAGGAGAAGGAGAUGGAACUGGAAAAAAGAAUUAAGGGGCUUUGAUGAAUUGAGCUAUGAUCUUUCAUUAUUUUGAAGGUUGGUAAUUUGAAAUGUGUUAAUUACUGUUGGGAUAAUAAUUAUAAGUACUCACUGGUAGUGUUGUAGUACUCGUACUCGAGUACUACUCUGAGAGUAGUGAGUCACUACUCUCAGAGACAAAGUCUUCUUAGUAUCACAUGUUUUGACAUGUUUGGAUUUGUGGGUUUUUCUUAUAAAUCUAAAAUUAUCAUUCUUCUUGAAUCCAGUUUACAUCAUAUCACCAAAACGGAAACAAGAUGUUGUUUCUCGGGAUGGCAAGCAGAAAAACCACAAAUCGUGAAUAUUAAACGUGGCCUGAUAUACACUUCACUUUCACAGCUGCUAUACACGUACAGUGAAACUGCAACUCUUGUUAUGAGUUAAACUUCCAUGGCCUCCAUGUCAUGCACAGAUGAUGAGUAGUUUUGGGAAAGUAAGUCUCACUUUUCUUUUCACAUGCUCUGUGUUCAACUUGAUUCCCUGGGAAAGUUUCCUUUUCAUAGUUCCUGAUCGUCAUUUUGCAUUUGUUGAUAACCUGGGUCAUGUUGUAUUGCUGCACUGUGGCUUGGAAGCACACACCAGUCUGUGAUACUGGCAACAGCCAUAACCCAUUGAGUUGUGUGUAAUUUCGAGCUGCAGUCAAUUAAUUUGGACACUGCUUAAUAUUAGCCGACAAACAGUCUAAUGCCAAAAGAAUUGCAUGGUGUUCCAGCUGGUAAUCUGUUUUUGCGGAGCAAUUUUCUCUGUGCAGUUUCAGAAAAUUGGCCUGAGGAAUUUUUGGAUGCAUGAAUAUGUGCAUGCUUGCUUCAGAGCCACAGGGUAAAACUGUAGUCAUUAUAAUAACUUGAGAUUAGAAGCCAUGUAGCUUGUUCCUAAUUUUGUUUUGAUCAACAAAGGAGGAAGUAAUUUGAAGUAAUAACCCACUUUUAUGUUUUGCCCCGCCCUUCCCUUUGGUAUUCUUUAGCGAUGAAGUAAUUACUCUUCUUUGUAUUUGUUUAAGUGAGCCUGUCAUUUUGAGGGAACAACCAGCUCAAUUGACGAAUGUAAUCUAAUGCAGGAGGAGUAUAUUGUGUUGAUAAACUUAUGGCAUUGUUUUGUUUAUUCUUUUAUAUAUAUAUAUUUAAAUGAUCUACUUAAGAAAAGUAUGGCAAGUGUUUUUUUCCUAAUAAAGAAAAUAAUGGUUUGUUUGGGUGCUGGAAUGAGAUGCUACAGUAGGAAAUUGUCUUUGGACCAUGCCAGGUGGUUCCUGCCCUCUACUGGAAUAUGUUAUGUGGGUCUUUCCCAAGUUUGUGUUGUAGUUGGUUUAUAGUAGGAAGUUGGAAGUUUGUUUUUGAAUCAGUCGAGUAAAAAACCAAGGCAAUUUAGCCGGUGCCCGACUGACUUUUAAACAGGUCAGUAAAGAAAAGAGAGAUGGAAAUACCGAGCGGAAACUCACAUACAGUAAGUGGAAUGGCAGCAGAAAGGUUUGACAGAAAUGCAAACAACUGCAUUCAAUAUUUAUAGUAGUUCAAUUUUAUUGUAUGCUCACAGAUAUUUUAUUCACAACACAAGACCUAAGAAUUGCCAGCAUUAUGUCAAUUAAUUACUGCACAUUUGACAAACUGUAACCUCAUUUGGCAUGCAUCUGACUAGAAUAGUGUGUAUCAAUAUGUCCAUCUGCACAUGAUAUACAUAAUAUAGAGGAUAUGUAUUUUGGCAGCAUUCAUUCGAUAUGUGGGACAGGUGUAAGACUAUAAUCUACCCUAAAUGAACUUGCAUUGUAUCUACUACUGUAGACUGACUGGGACAUUACAGUUCUUUUAUUAUUUUUUUUUAAGUUUUGGACUUGAUUUGUCGUUUUGACAGAUAAAGGCCGAAAAUUUAAAAAAAGGAGUUCAAAAGGCCUACUCAUGUUGAUACGUUGAAAUCAUGUUGAAGUCACAGAGUACUUACUCCAAUAUGGCAGAGGCUUAUCCAGUCGAACAACUGGUCUUUGAUGGGUUGAAAUAUUGUGGUAACUCAUCUUGAAUAUGGCUUUGAGGUGAUCUACCUUGCAUUUAGCAUUUCUUCAGCAUUAAAUGAUCGAUAGAAUUGGCCAAAAAUUUGCCUGUGUAGCAAGCGUGUUCAUUUAUGUGUGCCGCUGCAAUGCAGUGAAAAAGUAAAGAUUUUUCUUUAACAUUUAAAUGAUACGAACCCAGAGCACGGCAGCCGUUUACUGUGGGCGCUAGAUUUAUUACAUGUACUAGCUGGUGUCCAACAAUGCCCCUCCACCUCACGUGAACGC